CCAAGAACCAGUUGGAAUAGAAUAUAUUUUCUUUUUCGAUAACCUUUAGCUCUUCGUUUACCGAGGCGCCGAGGCAUCUUUUUUAAAGUUUGCGGGGUAGCGCCAGAAUCUUUGAAGCUUUACCCAUCUCAAGCGAUCGCUGAAGAUCAAUUAAAGUCAAUCACGCUCCGAUCCUAGAUUCAUGAAACUUGAUCCUCUCUCGAUUUGUUCACAUCAGCGCAUCUAUCACAAUGCCUUCCAUAUCAGCCUCAGUAGUCUCACUCAUCAUAAAAUGGUUUCUCCAGAACAAGGCCGUCCAGGAAGAUGAAGAGGCGACGCGCCAUAACAUUCGCGACACCUACAUCCGACCGCAAGACCAUCGCCCUCCCAGCAAUCUCGGCUCAAACAUCACCAUUGAUCGCGUUGAUGUGCAGGAAUGGCCUUUAUACAAGAUAUCCACCAAGAAUUCUCAGAGUAAGAGUCAGCAGCGCAAAGCCCUUCUUUACAUCCACGGCGGAUCGUUCUUUAAGGAAAUCUAUCCCCAGCACUGGAAAUUCGCCGCGCAGAUUGCGAGUGAGACAGACCUGGACGUCUUGAUACCGAUUUAUCCGCUGGUCCCAAGGCCAGUGGCUACAGCGCAGAAGCUCGCCGAUGGGUUUGUUGAUAUCUGUCGUUUGUCAAAGCAGCCCAUCGUGAGCAUAGCGGGUGAUUCAGCAGGCGGGACGCUUGCUCUAUCAACUACGCUCCACCUACGAGACACAGCGCCUGAACUAUUCGCGAAAGUGCGCUCGUUGAUUCUAAUAGCGCCUCUUCUUGAUUGUGCAGUCGAUCAUCCUGAAGCACUACGUCUCGCCAAGAUCGAUUUCUGGCUCGGUGUAACUGGUCUUCGCAUCUCAGGGAAGAUGUUUGCAGGAGAUUUGCCGAUCAAACAUCCCCUUGUUAGUCCGCUAUACGGCGAUAUGGAUAAGCUCCCACCAUUGCUGAUGUUUGGUGGUCCGAGGGAUUUGCUCUGUGCUGAUGCUAGACGGCUGAAAUCCAAGUUGCUAGGCAAAGACGUGGAUGAGGCUCCGGCGGGGAGUGUGGAGACGGAUCGGCUUGUGUAUGUUGAGAAGGAGGGUAUGCUUCAUGUCUGGCCUUUACUUCCGCAUAGUGAGGGUGCUGAGGGGCGAAAGAUGAUUAGUUCUUUUGUUAAUAAGCAUUUAGAGCGAUAGAUAUUUGCCGAAACCUUGUGGAAAUGGCCAAGAUAUUCAGUCGCCAAGCUUUCUAGCCAAUAUUAUAAAGUCACAUCCGAAAGUCCUUUUGGCAGAAGCCCAUAAGC